AUGACAGAGCGAAUGGAGACCACAGGUUGGUCUGGAUUUGCCACCGGCCACAGAUGGUCUGUUGGAGUCACCUGCCCCGUCCGAGCCACCGCCUCCAUCCUCGCGGCACACUUUGCUGAGGAAGAUGGGUUGGAUGGCUACCAAAACCGCGGCGGCGCCGAGUCCCUCUCUUCAGAUGAAAAAGAGGCCAGUUCCGAAAACAGCUCCGGCAGUAGCUCGGAAGAGGAAUCAGAUGCGGAGGAGUCGGAUGGGAGAAGGUCGGAUGAAGAACCCGAGGCGAAGGAAUCGCUGCCGCGCUGCAACGAAUCAGGUAGAGUGAGCUGUCUCCCACCCUGCGAGCACUGCAGAAAUGAAAAUGACCAUAAGGAGCAAGUGACCCCUAGGAGACUUGCUGGAGGACAACACGUGGUGCAGCUGGACGCAGAGGGGACUUACCAGUGCAGCCUCACGGGCUUGAUUUUUGAGGUAACGGGAGCCGUCAAGAUCACGUACUCCCUCUUAUCCUGGAGCAAAUACGCCAGCCUCGUGGAAAAGCCGUGGAUCGUGGGCGGCCCCCUCUUCGACGUGCGCUGCGACUCGGCCCCGGCUCUCACCUCCAUCCAGUUCCCCCACUCCCUCUGCCUCGGCGCCUUAUCCUGCCGGGUCUACGUGGCUACAAACAACGACUCCUUUAUAAAGGAUAUCUCGAGAGCCGUCAAACAUUCAAAUAAGAAAUUCAUUAAGAUUGACAAGCCCCCUGUGUGCCAAAAGUUACUUCAGAAAGGAAAGAGGUACAGAUUAAUAUGUGAGCCAGAAGCUGAAAUAACUCCAGAGGAAAUUGAGUUUGUUGAUGGAUCUCUCUUGAAACUGAAAAGCUACAUCGAGGUCUAUUUGGAGAAACCCGACGACUUCACCUUGUCUUUGGUGGAGCUGGAGUCUGACGCGACCGUGUGGAAGGCAAAACUGAGAGAGAGUGACUGGAUACAUUACGAUCAGAACAAGAACGAGCAGAAGAGAAGCACAGCCAGUGUCAAAAAGCGGAAGACAGCCCUCAGCAUUUUGGAAGAAGACGAGCUCUGUAGCAAAAAGCAGAAGACUGGCAAUGCUGCAGAUGGAACUAAAACAAAAAAAUUGACUGAUCAGCAGCUGAUGGUGAUCGCAAAGUUGUUUGAUAGGCAGUGGCGAGAAAUUGCCAUCGAGUGUCUUCAGAUGGAAAUGAAAGACAUUGAGCAGAUUCAGGCAAUGGAGAAUGAAGUUAAUAUACAAAAAUUUCUGGUGUUAAGCAAGUGGAGAGACAGAGAGCAAAGCAACGGAACCGCGGAAGCUCUGUACGUGAGUCUUCAUGAGAAGGCGUCCUAUGAGAUACUGCAAGCCCUAGAAGGUUUCUCGGCUCGGUGCUGA